AUGAGUAUGAAAAUGAUGUGAAGUAUAUGCUAUAGCCUUCACAGUCACCAGAUCUCACCCCAACUAAAUAUCUAUGGGAGAUUUUGGUCCGACGUUUUGGACACUACUCUCCACCAACAUCAUCAAAACACCAAAUGAGGGAAUAUGUUUUGGAAGAAUGGUAUUCCCUCCCUCCAGUAGAGUUCCAGAGAUUGUAAUAUCAAAGUCAAGGGGGACUGAAGUACUGAAAAUAUUUAGCUUUUUUGCUAUUAUCAAGUGGCAAAGCCAACCAGAUGAGUUCCUGAAAUAACAAUAAAAUUUUUUGUGAGCAGAUUUGGGACGUCGUCCUCUCCUUUUGUAGAGCCUGCUGUAAUGGCUCAAUACCUGAGGUAUUUCACCACUGUGGGUGAUGGGCAGCCGGGUCAAUGGGAAGAUGAAGAGCUGCACAUGGCCAGCCAGGAGUUGAGUCCGGCCACAGGACAGUUUCCAACAACGCUGACCUUCAGGGAUUCACUGAAGAGACUCUACAGCUCUGAGCGGUUUCAGGUGUUCGUGGUGAUUUUGGUAAUCCUGGAUGCCAUCUUUGUUCUAGCAGAGUUGCUUAUAGAUCUGUCUGUUAUCCACUUGGAACAUGGCCACAUUGCUCCUGAGGUCUUUCAUUACCUGAGCUUGGCUCUUCUCACAUUUUUCAUGGUGGAGCUGGCUGGUAAGCUUUUUGCUUACCGCCUGGAGUUCUUCCAACACAAGUUUGAGGUAUUUGAUGGUUUGGUAGUUGUGGUGUCCUUCGUGUUGGACAUUGCCUUCAUUUUCCAUGAGGAUGCCUUUGACGGGAUGGGUCUCCUCAUUCUGCUGCGACUCUGGAGGGUGGCCAGGAUUAUCAAUGGUAUCCUGGUGUCAGUAAAGACCCGUGCAGACCAGCGGAUCCACAAGCUGAAGGAGAGCUAUGACCACCUUGUUCAAAGAGUCGCAGAGCUACAAGAACGCAGUGAUAAACUGGAAGAAGAGAAACAGAAGCUUCAAGCCCUCCUGAAGAAGCACAGCAUAGAUUUCUAACUCAUCAAACUAACUGUUGUGGAGCUACUGUUUAAUGUCAUGUAUAUCAUGUACCUUUCUGCAGCAUUGUUUUUGAUUUUCAAGCUAUACAUUCCAUGACAAACUUUUAUUUUAGACCUGAUCACAUUUUGAAUAUCUAUAUAAGUGGAUCCAUAUCCAGGUUCCUUGUCACUAUAGUGACUGAAACCAGUUAAAGUUUUGAAUUUAUCUAAGGAAUGUAUAAUAUUUAGAUGCUACAGGGUAUCAGUGUAUAAAGCUACAAGGCCACAAACAUAACUUGCUUAUAAAUAACUGAAACUUUCUUCAUACUGAUAAUUUGUACAUAAAACUAAAUUUACAUCUUCUAUAUGACAUGAAGAAGUAUUGUAU